UGAACUUCACAAAAGCAAUCAACAAGAACUCGUUAGCGGUUGCUUGCUGUUUUGAGGCUCCUUGAGACACUAAGGCUACACACGGUGAAGAUCUUCAUGGAGCAGCUCAGAGAACACCGCGUAUGAGGACUAAAGUUCGGGUGCCUUCCUGCAUGUGACGCCUGAAGCAUGGUGCUUUUGGAGAGCCUCUUCAGAGUGAGGAACAACAACGAUUUUUUGUAAAGAAAGGAACAGACAAGGCUUUUGUAUGUAUAAACAAGUUUGAGCGAGCUAGGUGACUUCUAUUCGAAAUAGUUUCUUGGGACUGAGAUGACCUCCAGCUCUAAAGACAUGAAAGCAGGAUCCGUUUUGCAGUCCAGCGGCGAGGAGAGGCGGCGGGGUCCCUUGGACCAACUCCCACCUCCGGCCAACUCCAACAAGCCUCUCACCCCGUUCAGCAUUGAGGAUAUCUUAAACAAGCCCUCCGUUAAGAAGUCCGUCGGUAGUUUGUGCCCUCCGCGGGUGCUGGAGAAAGUAACCGGCUCGAGCGCAUCUCGGAACGGGAUCAGCGCCCCGUCCUCGCCGUUGUGCGCGCUGGAGGAGCUGGCGAGCAAAACAUUUAAGGGUUUGGAAGUCAGCGUUAUACAAGCAGCAGAAGGUCGUGAACACAUCAACGCCUUUGGCCAAAGACAGGCAUCCAAAAAACGACGGAAGUCCCGCACAGCCUUCACCAACCACCAAAUCUACGAGCUGGAAAAGAGGUUUUUGUACCAGAAAUACCUCUCACCGGCUGACAGAGACCAGAUAGCACAGCAGCUGGGGCUGACCAAUGCGCAGGUCAUCACCUGGUUCCAGAACCGACGGGCCAAGCUCAAGAGAGAUCUGGAGGAGAUGAAGGCGGACGUAGAGUCUCUCAAGAAAAUCCCACCACAGGCAUUGCAGAAACUGGUGUCCAUGGAGGACAUGGAAGACGCUCACGGUGGCUCGGGGCCCAUUUCUCCCAGUCUUUCCCCAAGAGCCUUUCCACAGUCCCCAUCCUCGUCCAGAGGCCAAACCACAGACGAGUUCUCAGAGGAGGACGAGGAAAUCGAGGUGGACGAUUAAACGCAGGCCCUUGUUUUCAGAGAAGGGCAUUUUUCACGACUUUUUGCACGGAAGAACUUGAAAUGCAAGGAACGUUUUCUGUCUCCCUUAUUUUUAAUUUAUUGAAAGGACCUCUACAUUCUGACGUCCAGAUGGAAGACACGGUUUUAAGGAAUACGCUUUCAUAAGAAACACUUAGAGAUAAAUGGUACAGUAUCAAGACUGCAAAAAGUGUAUGUACAUUUUAAGCUUUAUUUCUCCAUUUCUUUUCUCAAAGGAAACCUGUGCAAUUGUUUACACCAUUUAUGACACACAUUUAUGAACGCUGUAGAAAUUCUUAAGCCAAAAGUGAUUUUCAAUUCAGUUUUCAGCUGAGUAGAAUUAUAUAUUUAUAAAUAAUUUCAGAACACAAGAUGUCCUCAGAAACCUUUUUUUUCAGUCUUGGUUCUGCACUGUAAUUUCCCAAAGUUUGACAUUAUGUAUCCCAGUUCCUGACACAAUUCCUACAGGCAUUAUUUACAAAUUAUUAAAAAAAAAGAUGUAUGUCCAAAACAAUGCAAGGGCAAGGUUGUGUAUAUAUAUAACAAGUUAUGAUGCAUCUAACUCGUUAAAUUUAUUGUAACAUUCUAUUUAAUCCUCAUUUAUGUAAAUAAAGGGUAUAUGUAAUUUCACAAUG